GGAAAAAUACUGGACUAAGGGCAUAGGAAUCUGAAGACCUCUAUUUCUUCUAGAAGAGGUGGAGAAGCUAGAAACACUAAAAUUUAAAAUAUGUGGAGGAAUUAAUCUGCAAAAGGCAUGUGCUUACUGAUGCUAUGGAAUGAAAGAGUGUUCAUUUGCAGAUGAAGAAAAUGAUCAGGUGGAAAUGGUCAGACAUAACCUUCUUUCUGGAAGUUGAUAUGUGAUUUUGCUUUACGAGGUUUUCCAUAUAAUUUCCAUACAAUUUUGUGAUUUUAGGAAUUGUCACCUUGGUUUAACAGAAGGUGGUAAAGUAAGAAGGAGAGAUGGGAAACCCAGAAAACAUUGGAGAUGCAUACGUUGCUGUGAUUCGUCCAAAAAAUACUGCUAGCCUCAAUUCUCGGGAAUAUCGAGCUAAAUCCUAUGAAAUUUUGCUGCUUGAAGUUCCCAUUGAAGGCCAAAAGAAAAAAAGAAAGAAAGUUUUGCUAGAAACUAAACUUCAAGGAGGCACUGAGAUAACCCAGAGCAUCUUGGAUUAUGUAUUAGAAGCCACCAAACCAAUUUCACCAGCCAAUCAGGGUAUUAAAGGAAAGCGUGUGGUGUUAAUGAAGAAGUUUCCUCUAGAUGGAGAGAAAGCAGGCCAGGAGGCAUCUCUUUACAUUGUUCCAACUGUUGUGAAAGAUAAUACGAAAUAUACAUACAGUCCUGGAUGCCCUGUGUUCUACUGUUUACAAGACAUCAUGAGAGUCUGCAGUGAAUCCAGCACACACUUUGCUACACUUACUGCAAAAAUGUUAAUUGCCUUGGAUAAGUGGUUGGAUGAACGGCACACCCAGUCUCAUUCCAUCCCAGCUUUAUUCAGACCAUCUCCUCUUGAAAGAAUUAAAACAAAUGUAAUAAACCCUGCGUAUGCUAUAGAACCUGGUCAAACAGAGAGCUCAUUGCACAUGGGUUAUACUGCCCUGGAAAUAAAGAGUAAAAUGCUGGCAUUGGAGAAAGCAGAUAUGUGUAUCUAUAAUCCUUUGUUUGGAUCUGACCUUCAGUAUACCAAUAGGGUUGACAAGGUGGUAAUAAAUCCAUACUUUGGCCUUGGAGCCCCAGACUAUUCAAAGAUUCAGAUUCCUAAAAGAGAAAAGUGGCAACGUAGCAUGAGCAGUGUCACAGAGGACAAGGAACACCAGUGGGUAGAUGAUUUCCCUCUUCACCGCAGUGCUUGUGAAGGAGACUCUGAUUUACUAAGCCACCUUCUGGAUAAAAAGUUUUCUGUUAAUCAGUUGGAUAGUGACCACUGGGCACCAAUCCAUUACGCAUGCUGGUAUGGAAAAGUUGAAGCCACUCGAAUGCUGUUGGAGAAAGGGAAAUGCAAUCCAAAUCUUUUGAAUGGUCAACUGAGCUCUCCUCUUCAUUUUGCUGCUGGAGGUGGGCAUGCUGAAAUAGUACAAAUUCUACUCAAUCAUCCCGAAAUUGACAGACACAUCACUGAUCAACAAGGAAGAUCUCCACUGAAAGUCUGUGAAGAGAACAAACAAAAUGAAUGGGAAGAAGCUGCAAAACUACUGAAGGAAGCCAUAAAUAAACCUUAUGAGAAGGCACGGAUUUAUCGUAUGGAUGGCUCCUAUCGCUCUGUGGAGCUGAAGCACGGAAACAACACAACUGUCCAGCAGAUAAUGGAGGGCAUGCGCCUGUCUCAAGAAACUCAGCAGUAUUUCACUAUCUGGAUCUGUUCUGAGAACCUCAGUCUCCAGCUGAAGCCAUAUCACAAGCCUUUACAGCAUAUUCGAGACUGGCCUGAAAUAUUCACUGAACUGACAAACUUGGAUCCUCAAAGGGAAACUUCACAGCUUUUCCUGAGAAGGGAUGUGAGACUUCCACUGGAAAUAGAAAAAAAGAUUGAGGACCCCUUGGCAAUUCUUAUACUUUUUGAUGAGGCCAGAUAUAAUUUACUGAAAGGUUUUUAUACAUCACCUGAUGCAAAGCUGAUUACACUGGCAAGUCUGCUUCUCCAAAUAGUCUAUGGAAAUUAUGAGAGCAAGAAACAUAAACAGGGCUUUCUAAAUGAAGAAAAUCUUAAAUCUAUUGUACCAAUAACUAAACUAAAAAGCAAAGCUCCUCAUUGGACAAACAGGAUACUUCAUGAAUACAAGAAUCUCAGCACCAGUGAAGGUGUCAGUAAGGAGAUGCAUCACCUUCAGCGCAUGUUCUUGCAGAAUUGCUGGGAAAUUCCUACUUACGGAGCAGCUUUUUUCACAGGACAGAUAUUCACCAAAGCAAGUUCAAGUAGCCAUAAAGUCAUCAAAGUGUACGUAGGAGUAAACGUAAAAGGGCUGCACCUCCUCAACAUGGAAACAAAGGCUUUACUCCUCAGCCUAAAGUACGGUUGCUUUAUGUGGCAGUUGGGAGAUGGAGAUACGUGUUUUCAAAUCCACAGUCUGGAAAACAAAAUGAGCUUUAUUGUACAUACCAAACAGGCAGGACUCGUUGUAAAACUCCUGAUGAAAUUAAAUGGCCAGCUAAUGCCAACUGAAAGAAAUGAGUGAUGGAAAUGAACAAGAGUUACGAGAUGGCAUCCAAUGGCUGAGCAAAAAACAACUUGUUCCUCCUCGUAACAGGACUUCCAUGUAUAUGAAUUUUACACAAUAGAAAAGUCAAUUUGUACAGUUUUUUAACUUUGUACAGAAGCUGCAUGGUUUAUUUUUUUAAAAAAACUAUACAACAUAUCUAUUAUUUUUAUAAGUAUUUUUGUGUUUCAUAUAUUAACUAUUGUAGGGCUUGAGCUUAACCAAUAAAGCUGAUGAAAUCUAAAUGGUUUACCAAGUUUGACGAGCAUGAAUCCAGUAAAGCUGUUGUUCCCAGAGAAAUAUGGGACUACCAGUGCCAUUAAGCAAGUCUCAGUUAACCUAUUUACCUUUCGUGUCAUUGCGUGGAAUGUCAAGGAGGUGGUAUAUGUUGCAGUAUUUUGUAGACACCCUCUAUUUUUAAGAUACUAUUGAUAAAUAUGCUUAAAAGACCAGUUAGACCUUUGAGCAACUACUUUUGAUAAACUCUUGUUUUUUAUUUGGUUUCUGACAAACAUUUUAGCUCACGUUAUUUUUACUCUUAACUUUCUCAUACUUUGUAUUCAUAUUUAUUCUAAAAUACUGCAUGAGGAUGCCAAAAGGGAAAUACUUUAAAUCAUUCAGAAGCCAUAUUGAAUGUUUAGCAUGCAUGUUUUGUAAAAUGGAUUUUUACUUUUGCUGUGCAAUAUAAAAUGUAUGUAUGGAGGAGAGGGAGACAGGGAUUUACAGAUGAACCUUACUCAGAGGACUUCAGAAAGUUUUAUAAAUCGUACCCUGGAUUGCAACACAUAUGCAGUAACAAAAGCUCAUACAGGAGGUACUAAGUUAUUUCUCUUAAAUUAAUUUUCUCACUAAUUAAUUCAGUUUCUUCAGGCUAAAAGCAGUGCAGGAUGCAGGAAUGAAGAUGACAAGGAAGAAACUGUUUGUAAGCAUUCUGCCUGCUCUUUGUAGAGUCAGGGUUGGGCCCCCACAAGUUGGGUCCCAAGUGUAAGGUGGGAUUCUAUGCAGUCUCAAACAUAUCCUUGUACAUUAAAAUAGAAUCUGUAACACAAAUCUUUGAAGUUUCUGGUUGUAUUUCAGGGUUAUAAGUGCACUUGACUAUUUCUUCCGUGUAAACUGCAUGCUAAAAACAGUGUGCAAUAUUUUGUAAAGAAAAGCUUUUAUAAAAAAUAAAAAUUAGCACUUGCCUCUAAGUUUUCAAAUAAAAGCUAAAAUGAAUGUGAAGAACUGUGCUGUUGUAUAGAAACUUUACUCAUACCUUACUAGUAACUGCAGUUUAAGAAAUUAAAGUAGUAAGCUGUUAAAAACAUGAACAGGAGACUUGUAUUUUGUAUUCUUCUUAGCAAGCUGUACUUUUCUACUUAAACUCCACAGACCUAAAUUUUCAUGGAUUGUUAUGCUGUAUUUAAGGUAAAUAAUGCAACAGUCAGGUCCUUCAUCGUGCAUCCCUGCUAUCACUUGGCACUGGUAUCAGAAAUACAUUUCUCUACAUAGCACUUUUCUAAGAAAACUAGAGGAAGAUGUUAGGAAGGUGUGUCAGUUGCCUAUAUAACUAUAUUAUCAAUAUGCCUUACUGCUGUAUAGUCCUUUCUGCUAAAUUCUUAUUUAUUACUACCUAAUAAAUUGUUUGCAACAAGUCA